GGAUGAGGUGCCCCUGAGGGCGACCCAUCAGAACCUUGCCCGCCACCUCUCCUGCCCCCACAGCCCCCUCACACGCCGCUCCGCACGGGGGCGAGCUGCCGCUCGGACCUAGCUCCAGCCCCCGCCCCGCUGCGGAGCCGGGCGCCGCUCCCGCCGCCGGAGGUGCUCCCCGGGGCGUGGAGGGGAAGGGCAGCGCGGGGAGGCGGCACCGCUCUCCUACCUGCCCCCCCUCUGCUACUGGCGAGGUUAGUGAUGAGGCGGCCGCGGGGAGCGGUUGGCGGGGAGCAGCCGGAGGAGUUUGUUUGCUCCUUGUCCCUGUCUCCCUGAUGCUCUGAGCCGGAGUCUCCUCCUCUCCCCGGGCUCGCACCCGGGCUGGAUGCUCCGCUCGCUCCUCGCUUCGCUGCCACAGUCGCCAGCCGCUUCCCGCCGCCCCACAAGAAAUGGAGCCGUCCGCUGCCCCCCUGGACACCACUCCGGACCCCGCCAUCGUGCAGCCCCCCGGGGCCAGCCCGCCGGUACCCCCCCGGGAGCAGCAGCAGGAGCAGCUGCGGAUCGGGGAGAGCGGGCAGUUCAGCGAGGGGCUGGAGGACAGAGGUUUACUAGAAAGCAGUACAAGGCUAAAACCUCAUGAAGCUCAAAGCUACAGAAAGAAGGCAUUGUGGGUUUCCUGGGUCUCCAUUAUUGUCACACUGGCUCUUGCAGUGGCUGCUUUCACUGUCUCCGUAAUGAGAUACAGUGCAUCAUCAUUUGGAUUUGCUUUUGAUGCUACCCUGGAUGUUUUGUCAUCAGCGAUAGUUUUGUGGCGUUACAGCAACGCAGCUGCUGUGCAUUCUGCACACAGGGAGUACAUAGCUUGUGUUAUCUUGGGUGUCAUAUUCCUCCUGUCAUCUAUAUGUAUUGUGAUCAAAGCCAUCCACGAUCUUGCGAAGAAGGUGCUUCCAGAAGUGCUCUUGCCUCCAAUUCCAGAGCAUACACGAGUAGCAGGAAUGAAACAGGAUGAUUUUCUGUAUAGUGUCUCUGUUUUAAGUGGAAUCCUUUGCACGGUCUUGGCAGUAAUCAAAUUUAUGCUGGGAAAGGUCCUUACAAGCAGAGCACUGAUAACUGAUGGUUUCAACUCUCUUGUAGGUGGAAUAAUGGGAUUUUCCAUCCUUCUUAGCGCAGAAGUUUUUAAACACAAUUCUUCUGUCUGGUAUCUGGAUGGCAGUAUAGGAGUUUUAAUUGGACUUACAAUAUUUGCUUAUGGAAUCAAGUUGCUUAUCGAUAUGAUACCUCGUGUAAGGCAAACGCGCCAUUAUGAAAUGUUUGAGUGAAGAUCACACCCUCUCCGCUGUCUUGACUGUAAAACUACAGCAUUGUACAUUUUGGCAAGUGGUGCCACUGGUAUUUUACUAAAUAUGCAGUUUGUUUCCCCGUGGUCUGUUUUUGUUGGAGUUUGUUUUAAUGGGAAAUCUCUCUGUAAAACUGGCAUAUGUGCACACUGCUUGCAAUUCAGCAAAACAGCAGCUUUUUUUUUUUUCAAGUAUGCUAUUGAUUCCUGUGACAAUAGAAAACAUGCGGUUUGCAGUUUUAACCCAGCUGCCAUGUUGUAUAUUCCAGAGUGAAAGUGUUCUUAAUGGUGUGAUAAGCCUGUGGGUAAAGAAGUGCCAGUUUCAGAUCUUGUUUUUCCCCACCCCUGCCUGUAUUUUCCCAGUCAUGCUGUAACAGAAGUACAAUCCUUGCUAACCUCUUUGGCUAACAGAGCAGCCUAGGUAGAGUCUGGACACCAAGAGCUGUGUUGCUUAAAACACUUAAGUAGCUACUUCCUCCCCCCAUUCAAAUAGACGCACAGAAAGAGCAGGUACAAACCUUUCUGUGAUCAGAGAGAUACUUCAUUUUAAUCCUAAAUUAACUGAAACUAUACCUCUUGAAUUUAAAUUCUAUUUUUUCUUAACAAGACACUGUUCAUAGCUUUGCAUGGACCAAACAAGCACACACAGUAUUACUGUACAGACCAAAGCCAAAACGUUGUGCAAGGAAGAGGAGCUGCUUGAGGAACGGGAUUUUCGUCUUCUAUUAAACUAUAUGCAGAUGUACCAGCGUGUGUGACUUUGUGGUUGCUCUGUAGUCUGACGAUGGCACAGCAGUGGCUCAAUCUGGUGGUGAGAUACAGAUCUAUUUAUUAGAUAUAGAUUGUCCUGUAAAGUGUUGCUCACCUUCCAUCACACAUCUUAUAUAUUACUUAAUAGAAGGUUAAAUUAUUAAAGAAUCUUGAUGUAUAAUCAAUAAAA